ACGAGAUAUUGAUUAGAUGCACACCAAAUAUACCAAACAAACGCAGAGACGCUGAGAGCUUGAAGGAAUGGCUAUGGCGAACAAAUACGAAGAAGAGGAGGAGGAGGAGGUGCAGAGCUUUGGAAAGCGGCUGAAAUGGAGCAGAUACGAGGAGCCUCUGGAGGGGGAGGAGGAAGAAGAGGAGGACGACGACGACGAGAGCCAGCUCGCUCUGAAGCCGUGGACGACGGCGUUCCCAAUGAGGCCGGCGUCGUUUGUGGUGUCGGAUGCUCUGGAGCCCGACAGUCCUAUCAUUUACGUCAACAAAGUCUUUGAGACCUUCACCGGCUAUUGUGCCCACGAGGUCCUCGGCCGAAACUGUCGAUUCCUGCAAUAUAGGGACCCUCAUGCUCAAAGGCGGCAUCCUCUUGUAGAUCCAGUUGUGGUUUCGGAGAUUCGAAGGUGUCUCGAGGAAGGAGUUGAGUUUCACGGAGAGCUUCUUAAUUUCAGUAAGGAUGGAACUCCCUUGGUGAAUAGACUAAGACUGAAACCUAUACACGAUGAUAACGGAACCGUCACUCACAUCAUAGGCAUUCAAGUAUUUUCUGAAGCAAAAAUAGAUCUCAACAGUGUAUCAUAUCCAGUUUACAAACAGACAUGCAAUCAACAGUCUGAUCAAUCUGGUAAAUAUCCUCUCAUCAGUGGACAAACACCUUUCACCCAGUAUCACGAUAUAUGCGGGAUUCUUCAGCUCUCUGAUGAAGUUUUGGCUCACAACAUUUUGUCACGCUUGACUCCGAGGGAUGUGGCAUCCAUUGGGUCUGUGUGCAGAAGAAUCCGCCAACUGACAAAAAAUGAGCAUGUGAGGAAGAUGGUAUGCCAAAAUGCAUGGGGAAGAGAAGUCACCGGUACAUUGGAACUCAUGACUAAUAAGUUAGGGUGGGGGCGUCUGGCUAGGGAACUGACAACCCUUGAGGCCGUUUCUUGGAGGAAAUUUACGGUUGGAGGUGCCGUGGAGCCUUCAAGAUGCAAUUUUGGUGCUUGUGCUGUAGGAAACCGACUUGUGCUAUUUGGAGGUGAAGGAGUUGAUAUGCAGCCAAUGAACGACACAUUUGUUCUCAAUCUUGAUGCUGCCAAUCCUGAGUGGUGUCGAGUAAGAGUGAAAUCGUCGCCACCAGGGCGUUGGGGCCACACCCUUUCAUGGUUGAAUGGUUCUUGGUUGGUUGUAUUUGGAGGCUGUGGGCGGGAAGGAUUGCUCAAUGAUGUGUUCGUUCUUGACUUGGAUGCCAAGCAGCCAACGUGGAAAGAAGUUUUUGGUGGAACUCCCCCUCCUCCUAGAUCCUGGCACAGCUCUUGCACAUUAGAAGGUUCGAAAUUGGUUGUGUCGGGUGGAUGCACGGAUGCUGGGGUCCUUCUUAGUGACACGUACUUACUGGAUCUGGCAACAGACAACCCAAGAUGGAGAGAGAUUCCAACUUCAUGGGCUCCUCCUUCUAGGUUGGGGCAUUCCCUCUCUGUUUAUGGUCGGUCAAAGAUUCUCAUGUUUGGUGGACUGGCCAACAGUGGGCACUUGCGGUUACGAUCAGGGGAGACUUACACCAUCGAUUUGGAAGAUGAAAACCCCCAGUGGAGGCAACUGGAGUGUAAUGCGUUCACCAGCAUGGGCAGCCAGAGUGCAGUGGUUCCCCCUCCCAGACUUGACCAUGUUGCAGUCAGCAUGCCAUGCGGAAGGAUUAUAAUAUUUGGUGGUUCAAUCGCGGGGCUGCAUUCUCCUUCUCAGCUUUUCCUCUUGGAUCCUUCGGAAGAGAAACCAUCAUGGAGGAUUCUCAACGUUCCGGGGCAACCACCUAAAUUUGCUUGGGGCCAUAGCACUUGCGUGGUCGGAGGAACGAGGGUCCUGGUAUUGGGUGGGCACACAGGUGAAGAGUGGAUACUUAAUGACUUGUAUGAGUUGCGCUUAGCAAGCAAGCAGGAUUCAGACCACUGAUAAAAUUAUUUCGAGUUGGGCCAGCCACACAAUGCAGAGCUAGCAGAAUUACAUGAUUUUUUUCCGUUCAAGUAGUGAGUUUCUUGCUCGGUAACUAUUUGCUUCAUUUCGUAUUAAGGUUGGGUAUUUUGGAGUAUGUAUGUAUUUUUCGUGUUUAGAUUUGUACCGCAAUGUAUAAAGAUAACGUCUUUAAAGA